AUGGUUGUCAUCAACAUCAAGGUCAUCUCCGAUGCCGUGUGUCCCUUUUGCUACGUAGGCAAGAAGCGGCUCGAACGUGCCAUCGACCUGUACCGGAGGUCUGUUCCCGGCGGAGCCGACGACCGGUUCAACAUUUCCUGGCUGCCCUUCUACCUCGACCCCGGCUCGUCCAAGGUCGGGAUCCCCAGCCUGGAGCGCAUGGCCCAAAAGUUCGGCGCCGACCGUUCUCGCGCCAUCAUCGCCCACAUUCGCGGCGUCGGCGCCACCGAGGGUAUCGACUUCACGUACGCCGGCAAGGCUGGCAACACGCGUGACGCCCACCGGCUCGUCCAGCUGGCCAAGCAGAAGGAGACCGACGGCAGCACCGACCUGGAAAACGCCGUGAUCACACACCUGUUCCGUUCCUACUUUGAGGACGGCGGCGAUAUCACCUCGCACGAUGACCUCGUCGCUGCCGCUGAGCUCUCCGGUCUCGACGGCCCCGAGGUCCGCGCAUGGCUGUCCAGCGGCAAGGGCGGCGUCGAGGUCGAUGCCAAGGUGGACGAUGCCUAUGCUCGCGGCGUCAGCGGCGUGCCGCAUUUCAUCAUCAACGACAACAUCGAGAUCGGCGGCGCCCAGGAUGUCCAGGUCUUUGUCGAGAAGCUUAUGAAGGCCAGGCGAGAGGCUUGA